AUGUAUUCUAGCGUCGCCGGCGUUAUCCACAAAAACUUCUCCGACGUCAACGGCAUCGACCACAGCAUCAACGACAUCAACCACAUUGGCCACAUUAACGACAACCACAACGACCACAACAUGAACACCAACUUCAACAACCAAACGACAUCCUACAUCUUCAACGACAGCACGACAAACAUCAGCAACAUGACGGAGCUCAACAACCAUUUCACAACGAUCAUCUACAACGUUGUCACCCACGCUUUGUUCUACAGCAUCUCAAUCAUUGGCAUCUUAGGCAAUAUUAAAGUAAGCCUGAUUUUGCUGUUCAAAUGUUUUGUAGAAUUUCAAAAACAAUUGAAACAGCAGAUAUUUGGUAGCAGGUGCAUGUAA